ACAGAAAGGAGUUGCAGCUGGCUGUGGUGGUCCACACUGCACAGUUCGUUCAGCCACACUUUUACAGUAGCUGUAUGUAUUUACAAUACAAUUAUAUGAUAGAAUCUCCAAGACUUGAAAAGAGGGACAGAUGAAGGUGGAACAGAUCUAUAAAUUGGAGUAGCAGAGUUUGGUGGCGGCAGCAUGGCCAGUGGACAGCUGUCUAGAGAAGAGGCGUUGGCGUGUGUGGGGUGCAGACAUGCGUGUCACAUAUUGCUCUAUGCAGACACAGCUCAGCUGUUCGAAGAAAUCCCCAUCAGACACAUCGUAUUGAUGCAGAUGCGUUUCGAUGGUCUGUUGGGUUUCCCUGGCGGUCUCGUUGACCCGUCAGAAGAAUCCCUAGAGGAGGGCCUGAGCAGGGAACUGUGGGAGGAGCUGGGCUUCUCACUGUCAGUCACCUUGGAGGAUCAUGUGUCUUCCUGCCACAACCCUUCCUCCUCUUCCUCUCACCUCAUUACUCACUUCUAUGCCCGGAGAAUGGAAGAGAAAGAGAUCAGGGAGGUCGAAAAGGCAGCUGCUAGCACAGCAACAGACCAUGGCCAUGAGGUAGCAAUUGUGAUGGGGAUGGUCCGAGUUCCUCUCUACACACUAAAGGGAGGAGAAGGAGGGCUUCCCUCAUUCUUGUCCCACUCCUUUAUUGGGAACUCUCGCUCUCAGCUGGAGGACGCUCUAGUGCGCUUCGGCCUGGUGACACCCGAGGAGCUACAGACAGCACUCACACACGCAGAGCAGAGGAGAAAACAACCUUGGGGAGGGGCAGCCUAAUCACACACACAAUCAGUCAUAAAUGUUAAUAUAAUAGUUCAUGCCAUUGCCAUACAAAGAAACAUGCUAAAUACUUCAACACACGGCAUGCAUUCAUGGUAGCUACUCCCUCUACAAGGACAAUUAUACAAUAAAGAGUGGGCCAGUUGUAAUCCUAAUCCCAUCCCAAGCCACCACUGUUCAAGACUUGAAACAUGCAUGCAAAGCUGCUGUCUGAGUAUCAGCUGUAUGCUGUGAAUGCACCAUAUGCCCAACAUGCUUACAUGCCAAGAGGAAGCAGUGCGAUGUACACUGUCAGCGGAGGAAAUCCUUCAAAGAAACUGCUGUGGAAAUAACACACGAUAAGCAAAAAUGAAGAAAUAGGUGUUAGUUCAAGAAGAUUGAAUGAAUGUCCCUUGAAAUUGUAUUAAAGUUGUGAAUUGUUGAUGUAAAAUGUUGGCUUUAAUAUGAUAUAUUAUUACGUUUCUUAUCACAUGGAUUUGUGUGGUUUCAUGUAUGUAUGUAUAUACAGUGGGGAGAACAAGUAUUUGAUAACCUGCAAAAUCGGCAGUGUUUCCUACUUACAAAGCAUUUAGAGGUCUGUAAUUUUUAUCAUAGGUACA